AUGGACUACUUGUUUCCAUACCCCAAGAUGGGUGUAUCAUUUCUGGAGAUUCUGCAUGACCAAUUGACUCGCAAGCUACUUGGUUUCGAUGCAGUGCACGCUGAAAAGACACCAUUCAUCUCGGGAGUCACAUCAAGACUCAAGUUCCUUCUCAACGAUGCAACGAAUCAUAUCUCGUUUAUAAAGAUUGGAUAUACCGCUCUCGAAGCAUUUCUCCAAGCCAACGUUACAGGACCUCCCUUGGACUUUAACACGGAAGAAGUUAUCUUCCCCGAAUCGUACAGAGACGAGACCUUGAAGAGUCUACAGGAAGAGCUCUUCCAGAGUCUGUCUGUGGACGGCAGCCGCCCGUAUCCCCUGACACCACAUAUCCAACUUUUCUGGCUGGCCAAGGUGAUUCUGUCGAAUCCGAUCCUCGCCGAAGCAGGUUUCAACGGCCGACGAGCCCGCGCGAGAGUCAACUUCUGGCAUCAGAAGCUUCUGCCAGAAGAGUCUCCCACGCUCCGAGACGAAAUCUAUGCAGACACGGAGAUUCUGGAGCAACAACUUUCUUCCAGACUUGUGAGCCAGGCCGCAUCCAGCGAAGAGCAUUUUGUUCAUUUCCUUAUCGAGCGGGCGGUGGCACGGACAUACUACGGGGAUGAUGCCCUUGCUCGAAGUGACCUUGCAAGAGCCGCAACGAUACGAAACUUUCAAUUUGUCCUCACCGGAGCGCUUGGAAAAAGAACAAAGUUUCAGAACCAAGAAACAAGUCAGCUUGUGGUCCUUGCAAAGAGCAGAGACGUCGAGCCCCCAGAGGAGAACGGCUCGAGGCGUCCAGGUGAAAAAAGAGGUUCUGUAAACGAGGGCGUGUCGAGAUCCCAAAGCGCACAGACAGAGUCCUCAGGCGACAAGGCUUCGGCCACUCCUUCUAUCCCUCCGCACCAAGAACUGCCCGAUCCCUCCUCCUCUACUACCCUGGCUACCAAACCUGCAGAUGUACCUCUGAAUGACGACACUCUUCUCGAGAAGAUCUCCUUUGGUCCGUCACAACCCAUAUUACCAGAAACGAUGACACAUACCACUACCGAAUCAUCCUUACCUCCAUCCUUGUCUUCUCUGGAUCCAUCUAAUCCCAGGCCCCUCCACCCACUCGACAGCAUAAUUCUCCUUGCCACGGCAAGCUCCAUAACGAACACGUCGCCUAAAGACGGGCUCGUACGCGAAGAGACGCUCCCUUAUGCCACGCGCGUUCUGGAUGGCGGCUCCUCAAAUUGGCAAGUGUAUACACAGGCCCUCCUCGUUCGGAGCAGGAUCGAAGGCUACCGUGCCCGCACCACCGAGAGAGGCCUGCUGCAACUACAAGCCCUCGUCGACCAGAUUAUUGCCGAGACCACAGCGUCAGCGCCUCCCGAAACCACGAACGACGACUCUACAACCGCAGCUAUAGAUUCCACCGGUGGUGAGCCUACCACAGGUGCGGUGACGACCUUCUUCCCCAAACCUUCUUCAUCCGAGGCUGCCUCUGUCGCUGAGCGUCUCCAAUACGUCUAUCAGCUCUCGCCUCCCUUACGAUGGGAACUCGAAGCCGAGCUCGCCGCCCGCUGGACACACCUGGGCGGCCUCAAGACCGCACUGGAGAUAUACAGACGUCUCCAGAUGCACGCCGAAGUGGCACUAUGUCUUGCGGCGACCAAUAGCGAAGGCGAAGCGAUCAACCUGUUGAAGGACUUGCUUUUCGAAAAGGCCGAGUCUGAUGGGUUCGACGAAGAGGACUCCAAAGCCAUGAUGCUUCGCUCCCCGGCCCCCGCGGAUGCACCGAGAUUACUCUGCAUCCUGGGAGACGUCACGUCGCAUCCAGACUACUACAAGCUCUCAUGGACGGUUUCAGGAAACAGGUACGCCCGCGCCCAGCGAUCCCUUGCACGUUUCUUCGUCAAGAAGGGAGACUACCCCAGUGCAAAAGAGGCGUAUACCCUCGCCUUGGUUCUCAACCGACUGGAUCGUGCAAGCUGGUUCAGUUUGGGGUGUGUCCAGCUUGAGUUGCAGGACUAUCCGGGGGCAAUCGAGAGUUUCACGCGGUGUGUGCAGCUCGAGGACGACGAUGCAGAGAGUUGGUCGAAUCUCGGAUUGGCACUGUUGAAACUACCAGCUGAACAGCAGCAGCAGCAGCAGAGUAACGGCACAGACGACACGGCGCCGCAGACGCGAGAAGCUGCCCAUGACGAAGAGAAGGAGGAAGAGGGAGACGUUCGGGCUGCUGAGGGCAGAAGAAGCGGCGAUAAUGCCCCCACGGGGAAAGUCGACCAGUACAUACAUGUCCGCGAAGCACUCCGAGCCCUCCGCCGCGCCGCGACACUCAAGCGCGACGACGCCAGGAUCUGGGACAACUACCUCACCGUGGCAGCCAAGAUCCCACCCAGCGCAGGGACGCCUUGGGCUGAAAUCAUCCAGGCCAUGGGGCGCGUGGUCGACCUCAGAGGGAAGAAGGAGGGUGAAGGAGCCGUCGACUUGAAGAUUCUCAGGGUCCUAACGAACUUUAUCACACAGAGUUUUUCGUAUCCGAGCACUUCUGACGGUGGUGAUGGCGGUACGAUCAAAGACGACGAAGAGAAUGCAGUGGCAGCGGACGAGCCAGGCACUGGUGCUACUGUAGGUGGGGGUUUGGGGGCAGAAGCAGGGGCAGGGGUAGGUGCGGAUGCGACCAAGGGGGGUGACAAGGGCGACGGACACGGCGACGCCACAACGACGAAACUACCGUACCUAGCCCGCUCCUUUCUGGGACUUCUCGACACGCACGUCGCACCCUUGGCCACCGCCUCUCCCGCGCUGUACGAGAUCUUGUGCGACGCGUCCGUCUGGAGAGGGCGACCUUCUCAGGCGCUCCUCUACGCGGAAAAGUCGUGGCGCUCGUUCCUGACGGGCGUGUCGCUCAGCGAGGAGUUCGACGACGUCCCCGACCGCGCGUGGGACGCCGUCGUCGACAAGACGCUCUGGAUGGUCGGGAAGUACAGGGAUCUCGGACCGCUCGAGCGCGAGAGGACAGGAGGACAAGUCGAGCCGAGGUGGAAGUUCAAGGCGCGCAGCGCGGUGAGAAAGGUCCUCGGGCGAGCCAAGGCCCGAGAAGGGAGUAGAGGCUGGGGGAGGCUGAGUGAGGAGGUGGUUUCGUAG